AUGAGCACGGCGACGAUCAGCUAUCACGAUUUACCACCGACCAAUUCGAAAUGGCCGCCACCAGAUUCGGAGCUGGAGGAGGUGAAGUGGAGUAAUGCGAGCCAACCGGGAAAGAUUGGGAUGGAAAAAACCUCUCGACGAAGCCGAAAUGCGCGGGCGACAUCAAGCGGCAACGGUGAAGAGCUAUGUCUAGUUUGUGGAGACAAAGCCAGUGGAUAUCAUUAUAAUGCGCUUACCUGUGAGGGUUGCAAAGGAUUUUUCCGAAGAUCAAUCACCCGGAAAGCUACCUAUUUCUGUAAACAUUCUCAAAGUUGUGAUAUUGAUAUGUAUAUGAGAAGGAAAUGUCAACACUGUCGUUUGAAAAAAUGUGUUCAAAUUGGAAUGAGACCUGAAUUGGUAAUUCCGGAAGAACAGUGCAGAUUGAAAAGGGAGGCAAAGGAGCGGGCAAAAUUCCGGGAGGAUGGUGUGCAUGUUAUAAAUAAGAGGGCCGGAAAUGGAAGGGAUGAACGGCGAGCAACGCAUCAAAGUAUGCCACCACCGAUAAAGCUACUAACUGAAGCGGAAGUACUCGAUGGCGCUCGUUUGUUGCCUGGUUCCCCCUCCCAAGUCAAUGCCUUGAGCGCUGAAACCAAUGAACUCAUCCAACGAACAGUAUCCCUUUCGAAAACCUUCCAAAGGCCAACGUCAAGGGCUACACAACAGCUGACGAUCCUAUCCAACCAUCAUAUCAGCCCGAAUUCUUUCACACAUCUGGCAGAGCUUACUGUCUUGGAAGCCCAGCUUACCCACGAAUUCGUGCGGCAAUUACCUGGGUUUACUAGGUUUGUGGAGGAAGACCGGAAGCUGCUUCAAAAAGCUAGCAAGGUAUCAUUGAUGAAGCUGCGGGCCGCGCGAACUUAUGAUGGAACGGAUGGGACGGUGUGUCUUGGGAGUGAUGCUCAUCAUUGGAGAUUCAAUCAAUCUUCCUUUAUCCACGGACUAUGCGCCCCACUCGGUGAUGCCAUUUUCAUGACGGCCUACAGACUCACCGAUAUGAAUCUAGACGAUCCGGAAUUUGCCCUAGUCCAAGCCAUUAGCGCGUUUGCUGCUACCGAGGGUCUAGUCGAUCCAAAUUUGGUAGAUGAGGUCCGCGAAGUUUAUCAGUCCGCGCUGGUAGCUUAUAGAAAAAUUCAUCGGAGCAGCACGAACACGUCCGAUGUGAUGCAUUUGUUGGAAUUCGUUCGCUCUUCUAACGAGGAAGUCCCACAAUCGAUGCUGCCACGAUCCCGGCCUAUUGACCAUUCGGCGUUUUCGUUUUCAAUGCUACACAAUAUGGCUGUCGAUGAAUCAACGCUAAACCAGCAGGCGCAAAUGCAGAGUGGUAAUCGGAUGCCGUUUGGAAUACACGAAAUUUUGGGAUUAUCAGUUCCCGGAAUGUCGCCGAACAGCUAUUUAAACCCAGGAGCCUAUUGUCCUCAAGGAUUCUUUCAACAACCAAAUUUUCCUAUGGACCUUCAGUGCCAUCAGUUUUCUGAGGCAAUGGCUCCAAGUACGCAAGAAAACCUUGCAGCUGGAAAUCGAAUGGAUUAUUUGCUACAUAGCACUCAAAACAUGUCAGGGGAAUCAGCUACUAGCUCAGGUGAAGGCGGCGGAAAACCGAUGAAGCGGAAGAAGCGACGCCAUAGGACUAUAUUUACCCAGUAUCAAAUUGACGAACUCGAGAAGGCGUUUCAGGACGCUCAUUAUCCCGAUGUAUAUGCUAGAGAAGUUCUGGCGACUAAGACUGAACUGCCAGAGGAUCGGAUUCAGGUCUGGUUCCAAAACCGUCGUGCCAAGUGGAGAAAAACGGAGAAGACGUGGGGCAAGAGCACGAUUAUGGCUGAAUACGGGUUAUAUGGCGCUAUGGUGCGUCAUUCUCUGCCCCUCCCGGAUACUAUCACGAAAGCCGCCGAUCCCGCCGAUCCGAAUCAAUCACCAGCACCUUGGUUGUUAGGCAUGCACAAAAAGUCAAUGGAAGCAGCCGCCCAUCUUGAUGCUGUCGAAAAAGUCUGCGAAGCCUCCGAUUCCGAAUCCGACGAAGGAACGAUGCCUCAUAUUAUCCCCAAACUCGAGCAUGCGAGAGAAGGCCAGCUGGAAAUGAACCGCAUGAACGCCUCACUUUUCAACGCCACCCAACACAACCUUGAACACUACCAAGCCAUGGUCGCCUCGCAAAUGGGUAUCGAUCCAAACUUCUCGACUAACUUCACGCUGCCUACAAACCCGAAGCUCUAUCAU